GGAGCAACGGUUCAAAACAAUCAAACAUUGGGUUUUGGGUUUGAUUUUUAUAAUGCUCUUUCCUCGCUUUGUUUCUGAGAAUUUCCAACGGCGGAAAACAGUUCAAUUUGAGGUUUUCAAGGCCAAAAUGGCAUUGGCUCAUGCGAAAUCCAUAGCAAUUCUUCUUCCUCCUCGUUCUCCUUCCCAUUUCAAAACCAGAUUUCUAAAACAUGUUUUCCCUUUUUGUUUAUCCAAUUCCAGAUUCUCCAUUUCUCUUUCUAGGGUUUUCGACAACGGAGAUUUCACUCCCGCCCGAUCCAUUUUGAGCGCUGCCGUCACUCGCAUUGUGGACAAUGUCCCCGCUCUUACUCCCACCACCACUUCCCCCACCGUUGAAAUCCCCAUCACUUGUUACCAGCUUAUUGGAGUUCCUGAUCAAGCAGAGAAAGAUGAGAUUGUUAAGUCAGUGAUGCAAUUGAAAAGCGCUGAUGUAGAAGAAGGUUAUACCAUGGAAGCUGUUAUAUCUCGCCAGGAUCUUCUAAUGGAUGUUAGAGACAAACUUCUUUUUGAACCUGAAUAUGCUGGCAGUGUGAGGGAGAAGAUCCCACCUAAAGCUUCUCUUCGAAUUCCAUGGGCUUGGUUGUCUGGUGCUCUUUGCCUACUUCAAGAGGCUGGAGAAGACAAAUUAGUGUUGGAUAUUGGCCGAUCAGCUCUCCAGCAUCCUGAUGCUAAGCCAUAUAUCCAUGAUUUGCUUCUAUCUAUGGCAUUAGCAGAGUGUGCAAUUGCUAAGAUUGGUUUUGAGAAGAAUAAAGUGGCCCAUGGAUUUGAAGCACUUGCUCGCGCUCAAUGCCUCCUUAGAAGCAAAAUCUCUCUUGAAAAGGUGGCGUUGUUAUAUGAGAUAGAGGAUUCUUUGGAGGAGCUUGCGCCUGCUUGCACAUUGGAAUUAUUAGGCAUGCCUCAUUCUUCUGAUAAUGCUGAACGGAGACGAGGAGCAAUAGCAGCCUUGCGUGAGUUGCUCAGGCAAGGCCUUGAUGUGGAAACCUCAUGCAGAGUUCAAGAUUGGCCAGGUUUUCUGAACCAAGCACUUAGUAGGCUCAUGGCUAUAGAAAUAGUUGAUCUUCUUCCUUGGGAUGAUUUAGCCCUCAUACGGAAGAAUAAGAAAUCACUUGAAUCACAAAACCAAAGGGUGGUCAUUGACUUUAACUGUUUCUCUGUGGCACUAAUAGCUCAUAUUUCUGUUGGUUUUUCAAGCAGGCAAACAGAACUGAUCAACAAAGCAAAAAUUUUAUGUGAGUGUUUGAUGACAUCAGAAGGUAUUGAUCUAAAAUUUGAGGAAGCCUUGUGCUUGUUUCUUCUUGGCCAGGGUAAUGAGGCCCAAGUUGUUGAAAAGUUUCAUCAGCUAGAAUUAAACUCAAAUCCUGCUUCGCGGAGUUUACUCCCAGGGAAGGAGAUAACCGAUGUCUCUGGCACAAAACCAUCAUUGAGACAGGAAAAUUGGAUGCUAAGCCAUGUAGCACUCCUAUGGUUCCCAACUUGCAACUUACAAAAGAUUGAUGGUGCAUUGUUUGGUGAUCUUGAGAAAUAUAGAAGACUGGAAACAUGGCUGAAGGAUUCAGUGCUUUCUGUCUUUCCAGAUACUAGGGAUUGCUCUCCGUCUUUGGUUAAGUUUUUUGGCGAUGAAAAAAGAACUCCUGGAAACAAAAAAGGGAAAGUAUCUCCACAAAUGAAUACCGCGCUAGAUCACAAACCAUUGUCUGUUAUUGCAUUGAAACAAAUGGAUCAUGGGGAAUCUCUUCCAAAUAUGAACUCUACUCAACAUUUUGGGUCUGCUGUUAAGCAGUUGGCUCCAACUGAUUUGCGAAGCUCAUUGACAUUGGGGAAGAAUGUCAGUGGAGGCAAUGUUAAUGAAUCAUCUGUUCAAUUGAAAAGGAUCCUUGGUGCACAAAAUACUAGAGGUUGGGAAAGUUGGUUAACCUAUAGUGAUGUUGUUCGAAAGAUCACUUUUGUUGGAGUACUGAGCUUCAUUUUGUUUUUUACCUUCAAGUUGUCUGGCAUGAAUUUAAGAAGGACAAGGAUUGCAUCUAAAUUGGCCUUCAGUAAACCUAGAAUGAACAGUAGUUCCCUUGUUUGCGCAACAGAUCUCUCCUUCGAUUGCAAUGUAGAGCCUGCUUAUAUUGGGGGAAGUAGCAUUGCUGGAAGGAUGAAAAAGCUGUUGGCAACGAUUAGAAAGCAGUUCCAGAAUCAGUCAGAUCCUAGAAAAUUGCACAGUGCAGGGCUUGCUGCCAAUCAUUCAUCUCUCAUGACAACAAUAUCUAGGAAGCAGAUGCCUGUUGAAGAAGCUGAAGCACUUGUUAAGCAAUGGCAAGAAAUUAAAGCUGAAGCUCUAGGGCCUAGCCACCAAGUCCAUAGCCUCUCUGAAGUCCUUGAUGGGUCGAUGCUAGCACAGUGGCAAAGUUUGGCUAAUGCAGCAAAAGCCAAGCCCUGUUAUUGGAGAUUUGUUUUGCUAAAAUUAGCAGUGCUGCAAGCAGACACUUUGUUAGAUGAAUAUGGGGUGGAAAUGGCAGAAAUUGAAGCUCUCCUAGAGGAAGCAGCUCAGCUUGUUGAUGAAUUUCAGGAAAAGAAUCCGAACUAUUAUAGCAUCUAUAAAAUUCAUUAUGUUCUUAAAAGGCAUGAUGAUGGUUCAUGGAAGUUCUGUGAAGGUGAUAUUCAGACACCAUUAUGACAUCACACCUGUUUGCAGAAAGCAUGAGCUUGUAACGAUUACUGAUUUCCUGCUAACGUGUCUUCUUCAUUUCCAUUUCUAAAUAUUAUAAAUCGAUAGGGUGACAGCGAUUGUUUACAUAUAGUGUAAAUAUCGAAUGGGUAGAGGAAUUCCAUUUGCUGCUUAUCUUUACUGUAGUGGUUUUAAUUGAUGCUUACCUAGGGAAUUAAAUUAUUUUUGGACGUUCGUCUCAAAAUUCAGAAGACAUUGACAAUUUACUUCUAAAUCUUUACUGUUGUGUUUUUGGUAGUGCAAUAAAUCUCAAUCUUAUUAAA